AUGAAUCAAAAUCCAGAGCGUGACGCUUGUGUUUCCAUACAUCAGCAUCCCAAGGAGCCUGCCAAUGCAGCGCUUUUAAAACACAGACUCCUGGGUUGCUCCCCGGUGGAACCGUCUGUGGCUAUUGAGGUCCAUGCGCUCGAGCUUUACCACAGGCUACAGCGCCGUCAUGCACAGCUUAGCAUACAAGCCUUUACACGAGCAUUAUGUGAUAUUCAUAAAGUGAACUAUCGCACAUGUUUUCGAGAACAAUUCUCAAUAGCAUUUGAUGCGUAUCUCUCCAUUCUCCAGCACAUUCGAUCGAAAGUCGAUGAUGCUCUUGGACAUAGUGACGUGGACUGGCGGCUGAAGCACAUGUGUCCAUGCUGCACUUACGAGGUCAACGGCAAAGAGAUCCUCAAGCCGAAGAUCCUGGCUGCCCAUGACGGCAACAAUUCCUGCAAGCGAAUUGCUAGCGCAGCUCCAUCAGAUCACCGCAACUUCAACAGUUCAUAUUUCAUUUCUCGUCAAGAAGUUGACCAGUUCAAGGAUGAAGUUCAACACCAUCAAUGUGUCAACCAUGACAAGACCCAGGACGAGGAUGUUGAUGAGACACUGGCAUCCUGCCUAACAUGGAAGAGUAGCGCUCCUGAUCACAAGAAGAAAGCCGCUGAUAUUUAUGAAACAACUGGGAUUUUUGCGUCUGCUUGCCGUCAUGGCUUCAUUAUCAAAGUUUGUGAAAUGGUCCGGAGUGGAGAGCUAGUGAAAUAUCCACUGGCCAUCACGAACAGUAUGAUUGAUGCCUAUGGCAAAGACAUUGGCAUGGGCUAUGAUGUAGGAUGUACCUUUGGUGGAAUUGUGCGCAACAGCCCUCUCCUCAGCCAGAAAGCCGAAGAAGCUCGGAUACAGUUUUGUGUCAAUUCAUUUCACGGCUACGCUCACAAUCGAUUAUGUCAAGUACAGCACCACCCCCUUUAUCUACCUGGUUUUGGCUUAGAGGAUCUCGAAACCAUGGAGCGCGUGUUCUCGUCAUCAAAUUCUGUCUCACGCGUUAUACGCUAUGCAUCCAGGUACCACUGGGCGCAAUUCCUCGAUCUCCACUUUCAACAGUGGGACGAAGACAAAUACAGUGAACUCAGCAAGUUUCUACUGAACAACUACAGGCAAGCUAUUGGCAUUAUCAAGAAAUACAAGGACGAGGUUUCCACGCUCAUCUCGAGCCUUGAACUCUGUGAAGACGUUUUCGAAUGCUGGAUUGAAGAAGAGAAGAAUUUUCUGACGGACCUCAAAGAUGAACCUGUAGAACAUGUGCUUGCGUGUUCUCAAAAAUGGCAAACAAUGUCGGAUUCAUUCAGGAAUAUGUCACACGCACAUGCCAUCAAUUACGCAGAAGACGUGCAAUGGACAUCACAAUUGGAAGCGCAACGCCAAGCAGCGUUAGAUGGUUUGAUGGUCCGCAUUCGGGCAGUUGCAGAUCUGGAAGAAAGGCUCGGCCUCAAAGAGAGAUGGACUUCCCAGCAUCCAGAAUAUCUGUCAGCGCUCGAGCGGAUUGGAUCUCACAAUUUCCGACGUGCGCUUGACAAGCUGCAACAGCUUGUCGUACAGCGUCUACUUGAGCUUUCAAAAGCCAAUUUAUCGGGCACAGGUUAUAAACUUCGUGCCAUCCGCAAUGCCCUCGACGAAUACAAUAAGCUAGCACCCUCUAUGCUACCCCCUGCGCCGCCACUCGCCUGGAACGAUAUCAUGAACUAUGGGUUUCUGUCCGAGUUUGAGUUGCUCAAACACUCGCAUUCUCAACAGGAAGUCUUAACCAAACCCUGGACGGUUCCGGGCAACCGCGAGAUCGCGACAAUGUAUUUCAAGAUGAAGUGCUCAUACAAGGAGUUGACCCGCCUCAAUGUGGAGAUUCGUCGAUUGCGUACCUUCAUCCAUGACGAAGGGAUAUUUCUUCAAGAUCGAGUCACUUUUUUACACGAUGCAGACCCUCUUCUGGCACAUGAAGCAGAAGAAUUGAGGGUGUGCCUAGCUUGUAUUCACGCCACCCACAUCAUUCGUCUUGACACUAUUGAAGCGCUCCCCGAGUUUAGUGGAGUGUGCGGUGCUGGUACCAUGACAUCUGAUGCUGGGCUGGAUGAGGAUGAUUAA